AUGCGGUGGUGCACGUACGGUUCUCUGGGAUACAGGAACGAGCAGAUCAAGCGGCGGUUGAACUACGCCAUCAACCAUGGAUUCACCAAGUUCAAGAUCAAGGUCGGGAAAUCCCUUGAAGACGACAAGAGGCGCCUGGCCGUCGUCAGGGACGUCAUCGGGGGUCAUCUCGACACGAUCAAGUCAAUUGUGACUGAAAAGACCUCUUGGCUCGAGUAUGUGAGAAUUUCUUGGAAUCGAAAGGUGCUGAACGCGAAUCAGUGCUGGGAGGUGGAUGAGGCGAUAGCCUGGAUCAAGGAACUGAAGGACUUCAAGCCGAUGUGGAUCGAGGAACCUACGAGCCCGGACGAUGUCCUCGGACACGGCAAAAUCUCCCUGGAAGCGUAUUAUAUUUUUAUCUUCCAGGCGGUGAAUCCACUGGGGAUAAAGGUGGCCACCGGUCAGCACUGUCAAAACCGAGUCCUCUUCAAGCAGUUCUUUCAGACGAAUGCCAUGCAAGUCUGCGAGGUCGAUGCAUGCCGCCUGGCCGGCGUCAACGAAGUCCUCGCCGUCAUGCUCAUGGCCAAGAAGUACAACGUGCCCGUGUGCCCCAGCGCCGGCGGCGUGGGACUCUGCGAGAUGAUCCAGCACAUCGCCAUCUUCGACUACAUCAGCGUGAGCGGGACCGUCGAGGGGAGAGUCGCGGAGUACUCGGACUUCCUCCACGAUCACUUCAUGCAUCCCAUCAGACUUCGCAAUGCCCACUAUCAGGCGCCGACGGCGGCAGGGUUCUGCACGGAAAUGCUGGAAGAGUCCACCAUCAACUUCGAGUAUCCGAAAGGCUGGAAAUGGAAGGAGCUGUUCGAGGAAGGCGUCUAUCAGGAUCCCCGGAACUCGAAGCCGAAACACAUUCAACACUUUGGGAUAGCACCUCAUCGAGUCCCUUCCGCGACCCAUUAUCAGCUUUUUUGAGCUCCGCGAUUUUUAGUGAUGCAGUGACAUUAGUGAUACGACAUACUUAUAAGAGCACAAAUUCUUCUAACGCAAGAAACCAUUUUAAAUAAAUCAUCUCCGAGAUUAAGACUUACGUGCAGCGUAGAUGAAAAUGACCAAAUUAUGUUUAAUAAAGAUUUCACCCA